AUGGUGCGUACUCGAUAUACAUUGAUAGCAUGGGCUGUCUCAACUCUGCGAGUCUCGCAGUCCUUGGCUCCACCGGACCCCGGUUUUGUGGGUGGAGGUCGAAGUUGGCAAGACGUCCACGAGUUUCGAGCCAUGCACAAUAUUACGUUCAAAUACGAACCGUUACAUCUACAAAACGAACAUUGUCGCUAUUUGACUGAAGCCGAAUGCCAACACGACGAUGAAGCUUACUGGCAAUCAAAAUUCAGACCCCAAUCCUCUAAGGAACGACGACUGAACCCUUCAAUUGGUACUUUCCGCGCUUUGGUUAUUUUAGUACGAUUCACAGACCACGCCAGCCGACAACUUCCCAGCCCUGCUUAUUUCGAUGAACUCUUUAACGGAGCUAAGGGCUCGGUCAAUGAAGUGGGAUCUGUACGAGAGUACAUGCGAUUCAAUAGCAUGGGAAAGUAUAAUGUUCAGUUCGAUGUACUGGACUGGGAAAAUGCGGAGAAUACCGAAUCGUUCUAUGCCGAAGGGAAAUCAGGCCGAGUAGGAAAUGUUCGCAUUCAAGAUAUGUACGGUUCGGUGUUGGACAAGUUGGACAGGGCAGGAAAAAUCAAUUGGUUUGACUAUGAUAUUGGCGGUGACCCUGAAAAUCCUGAGUGGGGCGACGGACUGCUUGAUCAUAUAGUUGUUGUACACUCGGGUUACGGAGCAGAGCAGCUCACGCAGCCUUCUUUACUCCAUUUGUUUUGUAGCUACCUCGAUCGCAUAUGGUCACAAGGAUCGGCAAGUAGUAACGGAGGAUGGCGAUCAUUGGAUGGUAAUUUGGAAAUUGGUGGGCAUACGAUCGCGUCAGCUUUUGCGAAUCCGCGCUGCGACAGGAACAAUGACUUUCAGCUUCUUAUCGAACCGAACACAAUGGGAGUCUUCACCCAUGAAUAUAUGCACGGCUUUCGAAUGAUCGACCUAUACGACAACGACGGAGACAGCGCGCCAGUUAGGCUUGGAGGGGUGGGGCAUUUCGACAUCAUGUGCAAUGCCUAUGGAUGGUUUCGCUCUGGCACAAUACCGGGCUAUGCCAGCCCGUACAGCAAAAUGAUCGCUCAAUGGCUCUCACCUAUCGAAAUCACUAUGGAUGGAGUGUACGCUGUCCAACCAGCAGAAAUUUCCAGUCAAAUUUACAUGAUCAGUACACCAUAUCCAGCGGGCGAGUAUUUGCUAAUUGAAAACCGGCAGCCGCUGAAAUGGGAUAAAGACUGGCCUGGACGAGGCAUCGUAAUAUAUCAUAUAGACGAGUUGGCUCCGCGACAAACUGCGCGAGGAUACCCAGGAGGACCUGGAUGGCCAACCGAUCACUAUCAAGUCGCGGUUGUCCAAGCGGACGGCAACUUUGACCUCGAAAAAGGUGAAAAUGAAGGAGACGAGGGCGAUUUCUGGACGCGCGGCAUGACAUUAGGAGCCGACACGAACUCGCAGCCAAAUACGGCAGCAUACCAGAGCGGAAAUCUCCGGUCAACUGGGAUCUCUAUCACUAUCUUGUCCGAUCCUGGUUUCAUCAUGAACUUUCAAGUCGAAGGGUUGGGCGGAAUGCGAGCUCCUGGGCAAUUCUGGGACGACGAUGAGUCACCACUGGCGAACAGCGCCCCCGAUUCUAUUCUACCCGUGUCGACCGAUCCUGGCGGUGGGACGGGCAAAACGCUGGCCUGGAUUUUCUCAAUGAUUGGGGGACUAUCGCUGGUUGUCGGUCUUAUCGCAAUACUACUAUAG